AUGGCACCGCCGCAACCGCUUCGAUCGAGUUCCGGUCCCACUAUGUCCGAGUCGGCAUCCACGACCACCUCUGCACACGCCGCGAAUGGCGAAGCCCAUGCGCCCUCCGACCCUCGUCAACUCUCCCCCUCAGACUUGAAGCCCGUGUCAGUAAAUCGCAAAAAGCAGAAACGCAGGCAGAAGCAGGCAGCCCGACUUGCCGCGGAGCGUCAGCUUGGCAACGAACACGGCUCCGCGCAGGACGGAUCCAGCCCGACCAACCCAGAUGGCCAGCUGUCCGAUGAACAUGAGAUCGACGAACCGGCUCCGAACGGCGACGUCUACCACGAGGACGACGAGUACGACCAACAACACGACCGGGCGCAGUCGCAUUCUCUUGGAAACUCGGUGAACGGACAAGAUGGCGACGGUCAGCAGCCCGCGGCGGCGGCGGCAACAGCAACCCGGAAGUCGAAGAAGAAGAAAGGCAAGAAAAGCCGGGCGGGCUCGCAGGCGCAUGGCGACGAAAGUUCCACCCCGCUGUCGACCCCAUCGAUCUCCCUUUCGCAUCCUCUCCCUCCGCCGCUACCCCCGCACCUCGGAUCGCACAACAUCCUGAAGUCAACCAAAGACCGCAGUAUCUGGAACACCUCCACGCAGGAAGAACGCGAGAACAUAAAGACCUUCUGGCUGGAGUUGGGCGAGGAGGAACGGCGACAGCUGGUCAAGGUGGAGAAGGACGCGGUGCUGAAGAAGAUGAAGGAGCAGCAGAAACACUCGUGCAGCUGCACGGUGUGCGGCAGAAAACGGACGGCCAUUGAAGAGGAGUUGGAAGUGCUCUACGACGCUUACUACGAGGAGCUGGAACAGUACGCCAACAACAACCAAGGGUCGUUCGAAAAGGGCGGCCCAAUGAUCCCGCCCCCUCGGCUAUACCACUCUCCUUUACGGUCGCCCGGUCAACAUACGCGCACUCAAGGCCAAUACCACCCUUCCCGGGGCCGGAUCCAUGAGCUACCGGAGGAUGACGAAGAUUUGGAAGAGGAGGAGUACGACGAGGAUGACGAGGACGAGGAACCGUACAGCGAUGACGAAUACGAAGACGAAGAAACCCGUGCGGCUCGCGCGGAUUUUUUCGCCUUUGGGAAUAGUCUGACUGUUAAAGACGGAAUCCUUACGGUUGCAGACGAUCUGCUGAAGAACGAUGGGAAGCAUUUCAUUGACAUGAUGGAACAACUGGCCGAGCGUCGAAUGCAGCGGGAAGAGGACACACAGUAUGGCAUCGCGGCAGCACAUCAAACCCUCCAUAGCGGUCACAAUCACGGGCCCCUGGAUGAUGAAGACUAUGACGACGAAGAGGAUGAAGAUUACGAUAGUCAAGAAGAGGAAGAUUACGAGGAAGAUGAAAUGGUCUGCUCCGGGCAUUGGCUGGGUAUUGAUGCCGUAAAAGCUGACAGUUGCCUGCAGGAUGCGAUGACGGAAGAGCAACGCAUGGAGGAGGGCCGGCGAAUGUUCCAGAUAUUUGCCGCGCGCAUGUUCGAGCAGCGCGUGCUGACGGCCUACCGGGAAAAGGUCGCGGAACAGCGUCAGCAGAAACUGAUUGAGGAGCUGAUGGAGGAGGAAUCGCGGAAUGAGCAACGAAACGCCAAGAAGGCUCGCGAGGCAGAGAAGCGCAAGGAGAGGAAGCGGCUGCAGAAGCUGGCCAAGGAGGAGGAAAAGGCACGCAGAGAGGCCGAGAAGGCUGCGGAGGAGGCGGCUGCCAAGGCGGAGCAGGAGAAGAAGCUCGAGGAACAGCGAAAGAAACGUGAGGAGCAACGGAAGAAGCGCGAGGCGGAGCGGAAGGCCCAGGAAGCGGAACGUGCCCGCAAAGAGGCCGAAAAGCAACGACGACUGCGCGAGGAACGUGAACGACAAGCUGAGGCGGAACGCAAGCAGCGGGAGCAGAAGGAGCAAGAGAAGAAACGGCGCGAGGAAGCACGGCAAAAGGAACGCGAGGAGCGCGAACUGCGGGAGAAGCUAGUCAAGGAGGAACGAGAGCGCAAGGUUCGGGAGGAGCAACUUCGGAACGUCGCAGCCAGCGACGCCCAGCACGCCAAACGCACCUCGCACCCCGGGCUGAUGCCUCUCUCUGCAAACGUGAACCACUCUCAAGGUCUGGGUCCGGGUCCGUACCAGUCGCCGCACUUCUCAACGACUGCCCCAGUAGUCCCCCAGGCGCCUACUCCUUCAAGGCCCCGGCAAACGUCCCAGCAGGGCUCCCACAGCUCGUCGCCUCGGUCCCAGCCGGCUAGCACCGAACCAUCACAGGUCUCCAUUUCCCCUCGUUCGAUGGCACCGUCUCAGUCGUCCGGAGCCUCGAGCGUUACGUCCAAGCAAGGCCAUGGACCGCAGCCUAUGCUUCAUCAUCCUCAACCGUCCACCCCCUUGUCACCUCUAGGAUCUUUAGGUCGAUCCCAUCCGCCCGGGUUCUCGCCGUCCCAUCCGCCCGGCUUGGGUCUGGUUUCUAGAGCUCCUAUCGGCCAUGAGUUACCUACCUAUCCGCCGCACUCAGGACCGCUUCUCAAUCAGCUGCGAGGAUUCCCUGCGCCCAAUGGAAUCCCGAUUCCUAUUGGGAUGAAUGGCUCUCGCCCUAUCCCCCCUGGACGAGGAUUCCCACUCGAUCCCGGGCACGGACUGCCAUUCCAUAGUCCACAGCCCAUGGCUAGUGCAUUCUCUGGGCAGGCGAGUGGACUGUCGCAUGCUCACUCCCGACAGCCUUCCAGCUCGUUCGAGCGAUCACCUCUUGAAGCGCAUGCCCAACCGUCUCCUAUCACCCGCCCCAGCCCGAUCAAACGCCCUUCCAGCACGCAACAAGACCCGAACAACUCCCGUCGCAGUCAGCAUGAUGUGGACGAUCUGAGUGCGCAGCUCGGCAGCAGUGCGCUCCUGGACGAUACGGACAUUCCGUUCGCGUCGCACCUGUCCCAGUCACUUCCAGGGGCAACACUUCCGGGUUCCCUGCCCGGGCCAACUCGAGCUAGCUUUGCGGCCCCGUCGCUGUUCCCAGACCCUCUUAUUGCCAAGCACAGUGCUUUCCCGGUCAGCCCUAGCCUCGGGGGUACGUGGGGGUCACAAAUACCUUUUGGCACCUCGCCCUUCCCCGGGGGUCCAACAUGGGGAACUGGACCUGGGAGUGGAUGGUCGAGUAACGCGUUCGGGCCCGCCGUGCAUCAUCGCGCGCACACCUCUCGACCCGUGACGAUCCGACUGCUGGUCAUUCAAGCCUGCAAACAGCUCAACAUGAUGAGUCCCUCCAAGGGCGCAGGCGGCUACCACGACGUGAACGUCGUUCUGCGGCAAGUGGAGCAGCUUCAAUCCCCGACCGAGACCGCGAUCUCGUUGAAGGAGAUCCUCGACAUCUGCGACACGGAAGGCAACACGCAAAACGGCGGCGGGUCGUUCUCGAUCAAGAGCGACGAGACGGGGGAGUAUGUCAAAUUCGAACCGGACACCAACAGUGCCGCCUCAGGCCACAGGGGUAGCAUUGUCCCCGGCGAGAUCGGCAGUCCCAUCCCCAGCAGUAGUGUCCCGGCCGCAGCAUUCAGUGGGACGGGGACGGGGCCGGGCACCGGGAUUGGGAUUGGGACGAAUAACCCUCCCUCAGUGCUACGGCAAUAUACCUCCCCUCCGACCGGGACCGGGUUCUAG